AUGGGCCGAGGGAAGAACCCGAGGGUCUACCUCGACAUUGCCAUCGGAAGUCGCACAGGUGGUCGCGUGAUCAUCGAGCUGUUUGCCGACGUGACGCCUAGGACAGCGGAAAAUUUCCGAGCUCUUUGCACAGGUGAGUAUGGUCUGGGCCGAACAACCCGAAAGAAGCUUUGCUACGAAGGAUGCGAGUUUUUCAGAUCUGCGAAGAACUUCAUGAUCCAAUCUGGGGACUUUCAGUUCAACAAUGGUGACGGAGGCGAGAGCAUCUAUGGGGGGACUUUUAACGACGAGGAUUUCGUCCGCCGCCACACACAGGCGGGAGUCGUCAGCAUGGCCAACAAGGGCCGAAACACCAACGGAUCGCAGUUCUUCAUCACUCUCAAGCGAAGUGUGCAGCUUGACAACAAGCACAUCGCCUUCGGGCAGGUGGUGGAGGGAAUGGAUGUGAUUCGAGCCGUUGCGGCAGUCCCCACAGAUCGCGACGAGCGACCUCGUGUGACCUGCAGCAUAGUCGGCUGCGGAGAGGUAGGUGCGAAGACCAGCAGUGGCCUGGAGCAGCAGAGCGAGAUGAGCAAGCUUAUCCAGGGUCUCACCGAGGAGGAGGUCCCAAAGGCGAACGCGGCGCAGCAGGGAAAGCAGAUCCUUGCCGGAAAACCAGGUGGUGCAGCACUUGGCGGAGAGAUCAGUGGCACGGCUCUGAAGCGAAAGGCGGCACAGGAGGAGCUCGAGACUGAGGGUGCCGGCAUUCCUCUGCCGAAAACAGAGCGCGAGAAGCGGCUCUACCAACUGAGGCUGAAGAUGAACCAAAGCCGUUCUGCGAACAACAAGGAGGUCGUCGAAGAGCAGAAGAGGGAGUCCGAUCCUGGCUACUCAAAGAAGGUUGCAGCCAAGAGAGCUGCAGAGGAAGAAAAGAAAGAUAAGGAAGAGGACGAGAAGAAAGGAGGCAAAAGCAGGAAUGGCAUGCCAGAGGGCAAAGAUUACCUCAACGACACGAUUGAGACGGCGGAAGCUCGAGAAUCAAAGAAGAAGAAAGGCAAUCCAGACGCUUUCGGCUGGGAUGUUUUCAACCAGGACUCUCUUCUGCGGGCCCACGAGAAGAGGUUGAAGCAGGUCCAGUUCUACCCAGAGGCUUACGAGAAGCAGAAGAAGGCGAUAGAAGAGGAAGGCGAAGAAGGCCUGAAGUUUGCAGGCUUUGGCUUCAAGCCGACAGAAGAGGCGAAGAGACGAUUGGGCGAUGCCAUGGGCAAGAUUUUGGAGAAGAAGAAGGAGUUCUCCAGAAGGCGUGCCUACAACGACGAGGAAGAUCGGACAUACGUCAACGAAAGGAAUCGCUUCUUCAACAAGAAGCUGGAUCGCUUUUUUGGCGAUUACACAGAGGAGACAAGACAGAACCUCGAGCGUGGCACAGCUCUGUGA